AUGCCCGGCGGCAUCCCCUACAUCAUCUCUAACGAAGCCGCCGAGAGAUUUUCCUUCUACGGCAUGAAGGCCAUCCUCGUCAUCUUCAUGACCGAGAUCCUCUGGCUCAUGAACAGCACUCCUGGCACACCCAUGUCGCGUGCCGAAGCCAACGAGAUGAGCCACCUCUUCAUCGUCGCCGUUUACUUCACUCCCCUAGUAGGCGCCUUCAUCUCUGAUGCCUUCUUAGGGAAAUACCGCACCAUCAUCUACCUCUCCAUUGUUUACUGCCUCGGUCACGGAGCCCUGGCUCUCAUGGGAAUCCAAGGCGACGCCAAAUGGUGGAUGCUCGCUGGCCUCGGCUUGAUCGCCGUCGGCGCAGGCGGGAUUAAACCCUGCGUCUCUGCUCACGUCGGGGAUCAAUUCGGCGAGAAAAACUCACACCUUCUCACCAAAGUCUUCAACUUAUUCUACUUCUCCAUCAAUCUCGGAGCCUUCGUCUCCACUCUCCUGACACCUCUCAUCCUCGCCCAUUACGGACCUCACUGGGCCUUCGGCAUUCCCGGCGCCUUAAUGGCUCUGGCCACCCUCUUCUUCUGGAUGGGGCGCCAUAAAUUCAUCCACGUCCCUGCUGACAAAACGAGCUUCAUGCAAGAACUUCGUAGCCCCGAGGGGGUCGCAGCCCUAAAAAGACUCAUCCCACUCUUCGCCUUCGUUGCCAUUUUCUGGUCACUCUUUGACCAACACGCCACCUCUUGGGUUUUCCAAGCGCAAGACAUGGAUCGUCAAUUCCUUGGCAUCGAUUGGUAUGAAUCACAAAUCGCCGCCAUCAACCCCAUUCUCAUUCUCACCUUCGUUCCUCUCUUCACCCUUGUGAUUUAUCCCGCAGUGCAGAAAAGGCUCAACUUCACCCCUCUCAGAAAAAUUGGCACGGGACUUUUCAUGACCAUCUUUUCAUUCGUCCUCGUCGCCAUCAUCCAAGAAUGGAUCGAUGCAGGCCAGCGACCAAACAUCGGCUGGCAGCUCAUCGCUUUUGCCAUCCUCACCGCGGCAGAAGUCAUGGUCUCCGUCGUCUGUCUGGAAUUCGCUUACACUCAAUCGCCGAGGAAAAUGAAAUCCAUGAUCAUGGCAUUCUACCUACUCUCCGUCGCCGCCGGAAACCUAGUCACCGCCUCAGUCAACCACUUCAUCCAAAUCGAAAAUCCCGUCACGGAAGAAAAAAGUCUCGUGGUCGAAAAUGACACCAAAACCCAUCCCGGAUUUGACCAAAAAAUCGGCACCGAAGAUGACAUUCAAAUCAUUGAUAACAAAACCACCUCCUCAGCGGCAGCCGUGCUCGAUGAAGCGACAGCUUUACUCACAAAGCUCACCGAAGACUCCAAAGAAACCCUACCAGUUACCGAGAUCGGACAAACCACCAUCGGACACCUCAAUGACCCAUGGGGAAAUCCACUCAGAUACCGCCUCUUGAAUUCCGCAACAGCUCGUAUCUCCUCUGACGGACCAGACAAAUCUGAAAAAACAAAAUGGGACCUUGGCUACAAACUCACCAUCCCAGGGAAGGCCGAAAAAUCACACCGCCCGUGGGUCGAAAACCGUAAAAAAGAACUCGGCCUCCUCGAAGACGUCGCCGAAGAAAAAACGGAAGAAUUCGCCCUCUCCAAAGAGUCCUUCGCAGGUGGGCAGAUCAAACUCGAAGGCGCCGGCUACUUCUGGCUCUUCGCAGGCAUCAUGCUUGUCACCGCCAUUCUAUUCGUCCCCUACGCUCUUUCCUACAAAGGACAAACUUACCUCCAAGAAUAA